GGUGGAUCAGAUAGUAGAUGUUACUAAGUACAGCACGGCCACGUGUACAUGAUCAGUCGGUUAAUGUCGCAGCUGAAGAUCCAUCAAUCACUGUUCUGUUACUUUGACCUCCUGCAUGUGCCUGCUCUGACACCAGCAGCUAUAUACAUUCUGAUAACCUCAAAGAUGUGAAUUGUCAUCCAUUUUAGCCUUUCAAACCUGUGGAGCACCUUCUAGAAUCACUGGCAUUUCUUAGAUGGACCCAGCAACUUCUUACCGGCUCCAGAUAAUUUCCUACCAUAGGACUACACAGAAGAAGUGUUCAAUUUACCUCCACUGACAACUAGAACAAUUCCUUCUUCACUAUGUGCAGAUGACUCCACUAUUCUGUCCUUAUGGUGACUGGAGCAAAGAUGGAGGACAAUGUACUCAUUUGUUACUGUGUAGUUGCUGGUAGUUUCUUGUUUUUCCAGCUUCUCUUUUCAGUCGUCAGUCCUAGAAUCUCACUAAAAGUGUCUAACAUCUACAAAAAGCUCAGCCAUGGAAAGCAAUGUGAAUGGGACUCCAGGAUUGUUUCAACGGUGCACGCACUGAUUGUAGGCUCUUUCUGCCUCUAUAUUUUGGUGUAUGAUGAUGCAGUGAAUGCAGACCCCAUAUGGGGCGACCCAUUUCAGGUGAAAAUGAAUGUUGCCAUCACCUGUGGUUACCUCGUCUAUGACUUGCUGCUUUUUGCCCGUUUCUGGAAGGAAAUGAGAGACCCUUAUAUGGUCUGCCACCAUUUUGCAGUGAUCUACGCGUAUGGAUACGUACUGAAUCGCGGCGUGCUGCCAUAUUUUGCUAAUUUUCGGUUGAUAUCCGAACUGUCAACACCAUUCGUGAAUCAGAGGUGGUUUUUUGAUGCAGUUAACAUACCACGAUCCUCUACACCUGUCUUGCUGAAUGGGUUAGCUAUGGCUGUUGUCUUCUUCAUUGUACGAAUUGCUGUGAUACCAAGCUACUACUCUCAAGUCUUUGCCACAUUUGGCACAGAGGGUUAUAUCCGUCUAGGCAUUGGGCCACAGGUAGCAUGGAUUGUGUCCUGCGUGAUCUUGGACAUCCUCAAUGUGUUCUGGAUGUAUAAAAUUUUAUGUGGAUUUUAUCGGGUUGUAAAAUCCAGACGUGGAGGAAAAGCUACAAGGAACCAUGCUGAUUGAAUCCAUGGGAACUACCAUAUUGUUCGAUCCACAUACGAUGGGGUGGCCACAUCCAAGAAGAAAACUGAUGUAUGGUAGCCACUCACAGUGGACCAUACCAAACGUGGACCAUAACACACGAAGGUGGUUGUUGAUGUAACCUAUUAUUGUCCUUCUAAAAGUCUUAUUAUCAAGAGGAGGAUAUUUUACUUUCUAGUAAAUUUCCUGGAAAAACUAGGACACAUGAGAUCUA